UCGGUUCGAAAUCGGGUUUUUAUUCCAAAAGAUUUCCUCAUAGAAUUUGAACUCUAUAAAUAUUUUAUUAAAUCUUAGUUGUUUAAUACGUUUUUUAGUGAUAAAGUGCUCUCAGACGACAAGGUCACAAUGGCUCGACCAAACUUCAGCAGUAAUUCAGGAUUAAAAAAUAUAAAUCUUGAGGAAAUAUGGGCAGACCUAGAGGAAGGAAUCAAACAGAUUUACAAACGAGAGCAGAAAAUGGCGGUUCCUCGAUAUAUGCAGCUUUAUACACAUGUCUACAAUUAUUGUACCAGCGUUCAUCAACAACCGACAUUACGAAAUGCAGGAAACAGUAAGACUGUACGCCGUGGUGGACAAGGAGUUCAGCAACAGGCUGCCACUGGCGGAGCUCAGUUGGUCGGAUUGGAGCUGUACAAACGACUGAAGGAUUUCCUUCAAAAGUAUUUGGAGCAGCUUGAAGGAAAAGGUGUCGAUUUAAUGGGAGAGGAUGUGCUGACAUUUUACACCAAGGAAUGGGCGGAAUAUCAAUUCUCAAGUAAAGUUCUCAAUGGGGUUUGUGCUUAUCUCAACAGACACUGGGUUCGUCGUGAAUGUGAAGAAGGACGAAAGGACGUUUACGAAAUCUACCAAUUGGCUCUUGUCACAUGGCGUGAUAACUUAUUUAAGAAGUUAAACAAACAGGUAACAAAUGCUGUAUUAAAGCUGAUUGAAAGUGAACGUAAUGGUGACACAAUCAACUCCAGCUUGGUAUCUGGGGUCAUUAAUUGCUAUGUCGAGCUUGGAUUAAAUGAAGAUGAUCCACAAGCAAAGGGACAAAACUUGAAAGUUUAUAAAGAUAGCUUUGAGAAUCAAUUCUUGCAAGACACGGAACAAUAUUACACCCGCGAGUCUGAUGAGUUUCUAUCGAUAAAUCCUGUCACUGAGUAUAUGAAGCGUGUUGAGCAGCGUCUUAAUGAAGAGAAGAAACGAGUUCAAGUUUAUCUUCACGAGUCAACUCAAAUUCCAUUAGCUUCAAAAUGCGAAUCUGUUCUUAUACAUAAACAUUUGGAUGCUUUUCGUGUCGAGUUUCAAAAUUUGCUCAACUCUGAUAAAAAUGAUGAUUUGGCUCGAAUGUAUAUGUUGGUAUCGCGAACAAGUGACGGACUUACAGAUCUGAAACAGGCUUUAGAAUAUCAUAUAAACAAUCAAGGUCAACAGGCGAUUGACAAAUGUGGCGAAGCUGCUUCCAAUGAUCCCAAAAUUUACGUCCAAACAAUUCUCGAAGUGCACAUGAAGUUCAAUAACUUGGUGAUUACAGCUUUCAGCAAUGAUAGUGGCUUUGUUGCUGCUUUAGAUAAAGCUUGCAACAAAUUUAUUAAUUCAAAUUGUGUGACAUUAGCGAGCAAGAAUGAAAGUCGUUCACCGGAACUUUUGGCCAAAUAUUGUGAUAUCUUGUUGAAGAAGAGUAGCAAGAACCCAGAAGAAGCUGAACUUGAAGACACAUUGAAUCACGUGAUGAUCGUCUUUAAGUACAUCACAGAUAAGGACGUUUUUCAAAAGUUCUACAGUAAAAUGUUGGCGAAACGUCUCGUCUUUCAUAUGUCAGCAAGCGAUGAUGCUGAAGCAAGUAUGAUCUCGAAGUUGAAGCAAGCUUGUGGCUUUGAGUACACGAGCAAGUUACAACGAAUGUUCCAAGAUAUUGGACUAAGCAAAGAUUUGAAUGAGAAAUACAAGCAAUUUCUCACCGAUAAUGCUCAGCUUAGCAGCAAAAUUGACUUCAGCAUUCAAGUUUUAUCUUCAGGAUCGUGGCCGUUUGUACAAAGUUCACAAUUUCGUUUGCCCAGCGAGCUUGAGCAGUCUGUUCAACGCUUUAACAGCUUCUAUGCUAAGUUACAUUCCGGCCGAAAGUUGAACUGGCUUUAUAACAUGUGCAAAGGAGAAAUGACAACAAAUUGUUUCCGCAAUCGUUAUAUUUUGCAGACAAACACUUUCCAAAUGGCUGUUUUGCUUCAGUACAACGAGCAAAUGAAAUGGACCUUUCAGCAACUCAUGGACAACACAGAAAUAAGUCAAGAUAACUUGCAGCAAAUCUUGGGAAUUCUUUUUAAAGUUCGUUUGUUAGAAUGUGAUGUCGAUGAAAAUCAAUUAACAGCAGAUACCGACGUAACAUUGAACACAAAUUUCAAGAAUAAGAAGCUUCGCAUAAAUAUAAACUUCCCGCUGAAAUCAGAACAAAAGGCUGAACAAGAAGUUACACAUAAACACAUUGAAGAAGAUCGUAAAAUGUUGAUCCAAGCUGCCAUUGUGCGCAUUAUGAAAAUGCGUAAAGCUUUGAAUCACACGCAGUUGGUAACGGAAGUUCUCAACCAACUCUCGACACGCUUCAAGCCGAAAGUUCAAAUUAUUAAGAAAUGUAUUGACAUUCUGAUUGAGAAGGAAUAUUUGGAGAGAAUGGAAGGACAGAAGGAUACUUACAGCUAUGUCGCUUAAGAAUCUGCAUGUAAAGUUGAUUUCACUCAAAGUUAUGCCCUUCACUAUCAUCGAUAUUCUUAUUUCCUUAUUUUUUAAACACUCAAAAGGUUAUUUUUCGUAUAUUUUAGACAAUGUUCUUAUGAGAACUCUCCUGUCCUUACCUGCCUUCCUUCCUUAUUCUUUCUUAAUGUCAUACAUUCUUUCGUAUGCAAUGAAUACCAACAAAAAAUGUUUAAUCAAUUAAAUUUGUAACUUUCGUUUGGAUUGGAGUUUAAUUCAUUCGUGUGUGACUAAGCACUGAAACAGAAAAAUAAAACAAAUGGAACAUAAAUAGUUAAA